AUGGAAGCCAUCCAGAGUGAUUUUCGACUCACCUUCGAGCCGCCACAAGAAGAAAAGUUGGUGCGAUCGAGUUUCCUGUCCUUGAGACAGGGUAAGAUGUCUAUGCGCGGCUACGUGCAGAUGGCUCAACAUCUGGCCUCGUGCAUAGUCACGCAUCCCAUGGACAUGCACACACAAGUGAACGUGUUUGUCGAUGGAAUGCGUGAAGGGCAGACUCGCUUAUCGCUGGAGCGCGCGGAGCCUGCCACGCUGGAGGAGGCUUUUGCUAUCACCCUCCGUGAUGACUUAAGAGUCCCCAAGGUCUAUACAAAGGCUUCAGUAGUUACCACUUAUGAAUCACCGGCCCGGAUUCUAUGGAGAUUGAUGCGAUUGAGUCGUUGGGUGACCGACGACGUGUCACGUUCAUCAAGGGCGACGUCCUUAGCGGAGGGCAGAUGA